AUGUCCCACAAAACCCAGAACCAAGAAGCCCAAGACCAACAUGAAGCUUCGCAGCCCAAAGAGCAACUGACCCCCUACGAAGUAAUGCUAUCGUCAGCACCGCCCGACUAUCUGACCAACAUCGAGGAAGACAGCCGCGAAUUGCCGCCAGAAUACCCAGUGUACUACUUCUUCUACGGCACGCUGACCACCCCCUCAACUCUGCAAAGAAUCAUCGACUCGCCCGACGAGCCGGAGCUUCGGAAGUCUGAGCUCGUAGGCUACGCACUGGCCAAAUGGGGUGACUAUCCGGCGUUGAUCGAUGGCGAGCAAGGACAGGUCGUCUCCGGGUCGGCGUAUCUUGUCAAGAGCCAAGACGAGGCUGAUAAACUGGCGUACUAUGAGACGAAUGCGUAUAGGGUCGCAUACUGUUAUAUUGACUUUACGGAUGGAAAUGAGCCAACAGGAGCGAUGGGGCGGGUAUUCAUGUAUGCCGGAGAUGCGAAAGCCUUGUUGGAACAGAGAUUUGAUCGGAAAUUAUGGGAGUUGCAAAUGGGAAUGAAGCUAAGAUGA